AUGGGAGCGUCUGAAAUCCCAAUAUUCCAUCAACCAGUGGUCGCGCAAAUGAUGCAGUUGCAUGACAUUGCGUCUGCCCCAUUAGGGAUUUAUCAUGAAGGUGACGAAGCUGUUAUUCCUUUUUGGCAAGGAAUUCUGCAUUAUUCCUACAUUGAUUGGAGUUAUCAGAGCGAACAAGAAUCUUGCACUGAUGGCACGGUCUCAAAAUCGGGUUCAAUACAAGGAAUGAUAAAGGAAGAACCAUCUGUGUCAAUCUCUUUGGUGCAAGAAAGGAUAACCGCUAAAUAUGGCUUUAAAGUUUCCUACAGAAAGGCGUGGUAUGCGAAGCAGAAAGCGAUCCCAAUUAUGUACGGUGAUUGGGAGGAAUCGUAUGCUUUUUUGCCAAGGUGGUGCGAAUACAUGCUGCGCUUUUCUCCAGCCCAAGAUGGUAAUGAUGAAUGUUUACCGAUUUCUUUUGCCAUCGUUGAAGGCGAGACCUUGGAUGCAUGGAACUAUUUUCUUGUUAAUAUUCGUGCUCAUGUUACUGACAUAUCAAAUAUAUGUUUGAUCUCCGAUCGGCAUCGUAGCAUAAUAUCUGUUGUGGAGAAUAACCCUAAUUGGCAGCCACCAAAUGCAUAUCACGUCUUUUGUAUUCGUCAUAUUGCAAGCAACUUCAAUCAAAAGUUUUGGAAUGAAGGUUUAAAUCGGAUGUUAAAGAAUUUAGGUUAUACUCCGGCCAUCGUUGAUUUUGAAAGGAAUCUUGCGAGCUUUCGUGAAAGUAGUCCUCAAAUUGCUGAGUGGAUUGAUGUCAUUCCUAAGGAAAAGUGGUCGCGAGCCUACGAUAUUGAAGGACGGAGGUACGGUCAUAUGACAACAAAUUUGGCUGAAUCUGUCAAUAGGGUUUUGAAGGGGGACAUAAAUAUGUCUAUAACUGCAUUGGUUAAGCAUACAUAUAGCAGAUUGGUUGCAUAUUUUGUUGAGAGAGGAACAAAUGCCGUUGCACAACUUCAAUCAGCUCAUCGUCACUCCAAAAAUGUUGUUGAAUUGGUCAAGAAGAACCAAUGUGGAAAGUUUAAGGCCUUUAAGUAUCCGUGUAGUCACGCCAUAGCUGCUGCAUUAAGUGUUUGGCAAAGUGCGUUCACGUACGUUGACGAUGUCUUCUUGACAACAAACUUGGUCGAUGCUUAUUCUUUUCCGUGGGACACAAUCGGAAAUGAGGAAGCAAUACCUGAAAUUAGUGGUCCAAAGAUUAUUCCUGAUGCCACUAUGUUGCGUGCAAAAGGUCGUCCAAAGUCAACUCGCAUCCGCAACGAGAUGGACGAAGUUGAGACAAGUCAAAGCCGUAUCAGGUGUGGACUUUGCAAGGAACGCGGCCAUAAUCGUCGGGGAUGUCCAAGUCGUGGGAGAAACGACUGA